AUGAAAAACGGCCAGGGAUUCGUGUUAGUAUACUCGAUAACGGCACAGUCGACGUUCAACGACCUGCAGGACCUCAGGGAACAGAUCCUGCGGGUGAAGGACACAGAUGACGUGCCGAUGGUGCUGGUGGGCAACAAGUGCGAUUUGGAGGACGAGAGGGUAGUGGGCAAAGACCAGGGCGUCAACCUUGCCCGGCAAUUUAACUGUGCGUUCAUGGAGACCUCUGCCAAAGCCAAAAUUAAUGUUAACGAUGUGAGUAGUAGGUUUUUAACGGGUCAGCCUCUCACUGCACUCAGCCUUCUCUUUUACCUUAGUUACUAUUGUCCCACGGGUAUUAUUGAUGAAUGUUUUAUUGGUAGAUCUUUAUCUACAAUUUGUUCCUCAUGAAGUGCAGCUAUUCUGAUGUUUUUGGAUUAGGUAAAGGAGCAUUAAGCUUUUGCCUUACAAUUUCUUCUGAUCCAUAUUUCUUAAGAUGUUUGUUAGUAGACAAGAUAUUUAAAUUUCUAUUUAAUAGUUAAAUGCUUUUGUGUAUGUAAAGCAUAG